GGGAGGGAGGGAGGGAGAGCAAUGUGCCUUUCACAGAGCUGGGAGCUUGAUGGGAAUGUUUGAUUAGCUCCUCUCUGAAAGAGAAAAGGUGUCCAGGCCGCCCUCCGCUGCCUGCCUCUGCUGCUGUAGAAUAAUGUUGGCUGGAGUUCGGGGUAAAGAAAAGCUUGGAAAAAAUAGCACUUUCAUACUGUGUGGAGAAAAGGAAUAGAAAGUUGCACACCUCGAGUAAGUGCUCCUUAGUGACACAUCCAGAUUUUGCUUUACUCACCAUGAAGGCCACAGUCAUUGCAACCUUCUUCGGUGUGCUUCUUAUGUGUACAUAUGCAGCUAAGGAAGCCACAAAGAAGAUGAAAAAGUCUAAGCUAUAUGUACCCCAGAUCGAUUGCGAUGUCAAGGCGGGGAAGAUAAUCAAUCCAGAAUUCAUUGCGAAAUGCCCUCCUGGAUGUCAAGAUGUAAAAUACCGUGUUUAUGGCACAGACAUUUAUGCUUCCUUUUCCAGUGUGUGCAACGCUGCAAUUCACAGUGGUAUAAUCGACAAUGCAGGCGGGAAGAUCCUCGUCCAGAAGGUUGCCGGCCACUCCGGUUACCGCGGGAGCUUCUCCAACGGGGUCCGGUCCCUGUCACUGCCACGCUGGAGGGAGUCCUUCCUUGUGUCAGAGGGCAAGCCAAGAAGAGGUGUGACAUAUCCAUCAGCUCUUGAAUAUUCUUCUUCAAAAAGCACAGCUGUUAAAUCAGAGUCUAAAAAGCCAGAACAAGACCUAAAAGCUUUGAGGAGUGCAGAUACCGCUAACGCACCAGAAAAAGCAUCAGAACAAGGGGACACAGUCCGCAAAGAGUAUCAGACAUCUCCAGCACCGACACCAGCUACACAAAUGGCCACCACAACCCCAACCCCAACAACCACGACGACAGACCCUUCCACCACAACGCCAAAGCCAACCACAACACCUACAACAACCAGAACCACAACAGUUGCUUCUGCAGCGAAGACUAGACCUGGACUGCACAGGGUCAGAGAUAUAGGUUCUAGCAGUAUCCACCCAGCAUACUCAUCUGUGGUAGCUGCAGCAUCAAGACAGGUUCAGGCAGCACAAGGAAGAGGACAGAAUACAGCAUUCAGGGGGACAUCCACCUCUGCAAGUAACAGGAAUAUUUUACGACCCAAUACAGAUCACGCAGGUAUUCAGCGUCAAGAGCCUGUUGCUGCCUUCCGGAGGGCUGCCGGCUCUCCAGCCCACCUGGCAAUGGAAACAGACUCGUGGAAAUCUGGAUUGAGCCUUUUUGACACAGGCUUCAGUUCAAAGGAAGAAUUGAAUCCAAAGCCGCUGGAGUCCAUCUCCCAGGGGAACCCAAAUUGCAAGGUUGAUUUGUCCUUCUUGAUGGAUGGGAGCUGGAGCAUCGGUAAACGCCGCUUUCAGCUCCAGAAGCAGUUCCUCAGUAACAUGGCUCAAGCCCUUAGCAUUGGCAGCGCUGGUCCUCUGAUGGGCAUCAUUCAGUACGGCGAUGACCCUUCCACAGAAUUUAACCUAAACACUUAUGCCAACUCCAAAGACCUAAGAAAUGCCAUCGAGAAAAUCUCACAGAAAGGUGGACUUUCCAACGUGGGGAAGGCACUUUCAUUUGUUAACAAAAACUUCUUUUUGGAUGCUAAUGGAAACCGAGGUGGAGCUCCCAACGUGGUUGUAGUGAUGGUGGACGGGUGGCCAACUGACCGAGUGGAGGAGGCCUCCAGGCUGGCUAGAGAAUCAGGGAUCAACAUUUUUUUUGUCACUAUUGAAGCAGCUGCUGAAAGUGAGAAGCAGAACGUUAUCGAACCAAACUUUGUGGACAAGGCAGUGUGCAGGACAAACGGUUUCUAUUCCAUCAAUGUGCCCAGUUGGUUCAGCCUACACAAGGUGGUGCAGCCCCUAGUGAAGCGGGUCUGCGACACCGAUCGGCUGGUUUGCAGCAAGACGUGCCUCAAUUCAGCUGACAUUGGUUUCGUAAUUGACGGCUCCAGCAGCGUUGGCACCAGCAACUUCCGCACAGUUCUCCAGUUUGUAGCCAACAUCAGUAAGGAGUUUGAGAUUUCGGACACCGACACCCGCAUCGGAGCCGUUCAGUACACCUACGAGCAAAGGCUCGAGUUCAGCUUUGACAAGUACAGCACAAAGCAGGACGUGCUGAGCGCUAUCAAAAGGAUCAGUUACUGGAGUGGUGGGACCAGCACAGGAGCAGCCAUCAGCUACGCCUCAGAGCAGCUGUUCAGCAAAUCCAAACCCAACAAAAGAAAGAUCAUGAUUCUCAUUACAGAUGGCAGGUCUUAUGACGAUGUCAGAGUGCCAGCCAUGGCAGCUCACCAAAAUGGAGUUAUAGCUUACUCCAUUGGAAUUGCUUGGGCAGCCCAAGACGAACUGGAAGCCAUUGCCACAGACCCCGAUAAGGAGCAUUCCUUCUUUGUGGAUGAAUUUGACAACCUCUACCGUUUUGUCAACCAGCUCAUCCAAAACAUUUGCAUAGAAUUUAAUUCCCAGCCACGGAACUGAUGGACUUGAGCAAAGCGAGAGCCUUGGGCACCACGCUGAAGGCACACCAUGUGCCACAGGAGUAAUGCCAGCUCUCAGUUCAAGAAAUACUGGAGGUGUUUUUCUCUGGCACUUUCCAGUCAGCAAGGUUGAUUCCAGCUCUGUCCCUAUGCAUGAUAACGCUCUGCGUAGACUGUUGAUUGGUGUUGUUUUGUUUUGUUUUUUUUCUUUGCAGGCUUCAGAAACUCUGAUUUGGAUGGAUAGUGAAAGAGGCAGUAAACAUGGAGGAAAUAACUGGACCUGUUUGAAAAGCUGCUUCUGAUAUAGAGCCCCAGCUUGUCUGAUUCCAAACUCUGGGCACACGCAAGCUCCUUUAAAAUGUACCACCUGCUUCCUGAAGCGGCCAGGUCCCUUUCAGGGGGCAGCCAUGCUGCUCAGCUCCUGUGGCAGGAGCACCUCCAUGCGGCACUGCCCACCAGAUGACAGACACCCAGGUUAAAGCUGAAAUACCACUUUUUUAAAAAACUUUUUUUUUUUUGAGGGGGUGGGGAGCACAAUACAAGUCAAAUUUGAGUACCUUCUUAAAAAAGGGCACUCUCCAUACAGCUGUCUUGCCAGUAAGUUAAACUUCAACUAGUGUGAACUCAAGCAUUGAGUUUUAUCCAAACCCAGAGACUGGAAAGCUGUGGGACCCUACAACUGUUUGUCAACCCCAAUAAAGCCCUAAAUCCACAAAGCAGCCAACACACAGGAACCGGAAUGUACUCUCCUACAGCACUGCAUUAAUAUUUGAUUUUGGGAAGUGUCUCACCUCCUUAGCUCCCUUGCUCCGCUCUAACGCAGCUCAAGGCCUGCAGGGCCCCAGGAGAGCUUCCAGGGCAGAGGAGACUCUUUGAGAAAAAACUGUGGGUUUAGGUUGCUUGCAAUUGGAAAAGCAUUUGAAACCCAUCACCCUAGCGUUAAACCACAGCUCAGAACAGCUUACGGCAGUCUCUAGUGUGAGGAAAGCUAUUCGAGAGCUAUUAACAGGAUUUAAGAGGGAAUUAUCUGAAGUUCUGUAUUAUACACUAGGAAAAGCAGCAUUUUCAGCAUUUACAGACACCGUCUCCCAAAUUUGGGAGAGACGUCUGUUUUAUGGAUUAAUUUCAAGAUGAGCCUAUUACAGCCCUGGCUUAUUCAAAACACAUGGUUGUCUCUUAAGUGAAGCACUAGCCAUACCACUAGUCAGUAGGGGAGGACAGACACAUUAAGAGGGCCAAAAGAAUCGCACUUUAAUUAGGAAGCAGCAGUUGCUGGUUAUGUUUCCAUCCAGUAUAACAUAAGAAAACAUGUUAAUUAAGCAAAGUAAGCAAAGUUAUCAAAGGAAAGGGAUGGAGUUUCACAGCCAAUAAAAGCAUGUGUGUUCCUACACUUUAUGGCAAUCAAAGCCACACUGCAUCAGGUUUGUGGAACUGAUAGGAAAUAGGGAAGAAAUUAAAACUCAAAUUUCACAUCUUAUUCACAAACCAGACUUUUAAUAGCAUUUAUAGUUUUAAUAACCGUGACCCAGCAUGUUUAUUAUUCACACAAAAAUGUUAAUUGAAGUAAAUCGCCAUAAGGGAGACUCCCUUCUGUCAACAAAAGUAGCACCAUCUUUUAAAUUGUUAUGUUUGGAAAUAUGACUGCAGCAGCUGAAAAACUACCAAUUAAGUAAAUGCAAUGCAAACUAAUGAGAACAGCAGAUUCUGCAUGAUCUCCCUGGUGCGGUAACAGAAGCCAGGCUGGGGUCCUCUCAAGAGGUUAUCAAAACCAAUCCUGGACAAAACAGCAGUUUCACACAGGAAAAAUUCAGACCUUCCUCUUUAGAACAAACAUUCAGUUCCAGAUUUAACUGAACACCAUCAAUACAAUGCUACCAGUACACAGAAGGCACAGGGCACUGCCAGCAUCCAAAAAAGCAAAACAAAGACAUGAAAUAUAUUUGUAUGCAGGAGUCUUAACAUUAAUCUGUGGUGCUGCACUUCCACAGCAACAGCCUCUUGGCUUGAAAAAAAGAUAAAGACUGAGAAUAGAGAGUUAGGUAGAAGCAGAGCAACGCCUGAUACCCCCCCCCCCAUCUCCUGACCCACCUCCCUUCACUACCCUUCCGCUGAAAGCAGAGGGAUAUUACAUGGGCUGGACAAAACUCAAGACACACAAACUGAAUUUACUGGGGACUUCAGUUCAGACACCAGAUUUAUUGUCUGAAAACUAUUUGCUUGGUUUUUAAUUUGGGGCUAGCUGAGCAAGAGGCCUAAGUCUUAACAUUUAGCUACUCUUAAUAUUGUGGUUUAAUUUUUAAUGCAACAGCUUACCACCGCAUAUUGUUUUCCAUACUGGGCGCACUCUUGCGGCACGGCAGGCUGGUACUCUGCAGACUCCCCAAUGUUUCACUUGUGCUCUGCCAAAAACACAGCACAGACGGCCGAAACAUUAGGAACAGUUAGAGCCACACGUGUUCUUUAGGAUAAGCAUUGUAAUUUCUUCCAAAAGCUUAAACCUCAAGCAAUGACAGCGAGCUUUUAAAUGCUCUUUCACAGGGAAGUUGCACAGCUAUCUUCUGUGUCAAGCAUUUACAAAGGGCGCUUCAGGGUUUGUUGUUGUUUAAAUGGUUUCUCUUAAGUUUACAGAACUCUAGUGUUCGGUUCCCAAUGUGCAUUUUUAUUAACUUCUUGGGAUGACCUUGAAAUUGCUCGAUCUCAAAGACUGAAAGUGGUUUAGUGUUUAAUCCGACUCAUCUAAACUUAGAUGUGCUAUUCCUAAACACUGUAAACUUAAGCGUAAGCCUCAAAACUUGUAAAAAUACACCCUUCCAUUAACAAAAGCAAGCACAGAACACACCUCUCUUAACCUUUACCUUUCAUAGCAAUCAAAAUACUUGCUAUCUAAUUAAGUCUCUAAAUACUGUUUUAUUAAAAAACAAGAUAACUUACGUAUAAAUCUUCAUAAAUGUUUGAGGGGGUGUAUUUGUUGGAAGAACCAGAACUCCUUCUGUAACAUAUACAAGCUAUUUUGAGCUUAUCAAUACAAAUUGCUGUAUCUUUUGCAAUAAAAUUGUCCCAAAGGCAUAUGCAGUACAUAUCAUCUCAUACGUGGUUAUAAAAUGCACACUAAAUAUGCCGUUUAUGGCCAUUUCCGUUUCUGAAAUGCUGCUGAGGUUCUCACUAGAUUAUGGAAGACUUAGCAAGGUUGGUAAAGCCCCAGGUUUUUUAAUGUCAUCCUUUUGGAUGCUCAGCUGAAAUAAAGUCUAAGAGUGAGCUAGCAGAGGCAGGACCACCAAAAUACCUAUCAGAGGUAGCAGUCAUCGAAGCAGAGUCUAAUGGCUGAAAGGCAUCAAAAUCGUAUGUAGCUCCCCAAGCCUGCAAGAUCACGUCCUCCUUGGAACCAGACUUGGAAGCUGAAAAGAAUUAACAUCAUCUCUACACACUUUCUGAUUCAAAAGAGGGUCUGGAUGUCCAGACAUUUGAUGCUGGGCCACGUUAGUUUCAGAUGUCUGUCCAGUGCAGCGGAACCUGCCGUCUGGGUGAGGCAUCCAAAAGAGAAGGGCACCAACGGGUUGAACCUUGAGGCAGGCAGGCAGGCAGCCACAGCUGGGACUGCCUGAACUAGUCUCUGGAUACACAGCCUAACGUGGGGUGUCGGAUCACCCUCUCCCUAGGAAACAAGCAUCUUUGCACUCGAGUUGGGCUGGGGCUUACCAUUGCUCGGCAAUCACGACAGACGUCCAUGCUCCGGAAGCCGUGGGAGAGCUCAAUGACAGCACCUCUGGCCCCCAGCUCCAGCAUUAGCUACUCACAUUCCAGGUGAACAACCAAAUUCAAUUCGAAGUUCAACCACCUCUUCAGAGGUAACUCAAAGUCCUGUUCCCAGCAGUACCUUACCUUGCUGGUCCAGAGGUGGGACACUCAGCACCUCUGCUGUCACUGUGCCCCCCCGCACAGGAGGGAUCACCUGCUCUGUGCACCCUCCUGCUCCUCAGCCGCUGCUGCUUUGCAGGUUCAGCAAGAGGAGGGUUUCCCCAUGGCAGUUGCUGAAUUUUGCUUUUCUGACAGGGGGGCAGGCGAGCUUCCCCCUCCUCCUCAUGGUCCUCCCCCCAUGGCUCACCAGCACAUGAGGGGAACCAUACCAGUAACCAGGAAAAGGUCUGGGGUUAAGCAACCAGAUGGGACCAACCCAAUCUAAAUGUUCUUAGUGGAUUUAACACCCUACCUGUAAACUCCACAGAAAAGUAUCCACUUGGUAUUAUUAUCUACACAAAUUAUCUACUUGGCAAGUCAAAGCAAGCAGUAAAUAGCAGAAAUAUCACAUAGACACCAAACACUAAAAGUUAGUCAUCUGUGGUAUACAUACCUUAAAAUACUUCAUGGUUGAAAAAAAGUCACUCCCUAUCAUUCUUCUAGUUAUUUUUCUCUGCCCACGAGCAACAUUAUGGAAACAAAAAACCACCACCUUUUCCCAUUCCCAUUUCAGUUUGAGAAGUCUGAGUAGCAGGUCAUCUACAUUUGCUAAAUCACAUUUGCAGGUGUACCUCUAUAUAGCUGAGCACCGCAAAUUCCUCAAAAUAGUUUGGGUUUUGUUUUGGGGUCGUUUUCCCCCUUGUUAAAA